AUGAAUUAUCUCCUUCAGGGAUUUUCAGAAAAAUCUUCAUCUACUAACCAAUCAAUAAUGAAAAACAAGUCAAGAAAGGGGUGGAGCAAUGCACUGUUCCUCCUUAACUACUUUAUCAUCAUGAUGAUAAUUUUACAAAUAUCAACCAAUUACUACUGUUUGGCCAUUCCGAAUGACAAGAACAAAACCCCUACAUGUAAGAAUGGAAGGCUUAUUACAAAUACCACUACUCCUCAACAAUUUGCCUCAACCAAAUGUUCAUGUUUUAAGGGAUAUUCGGGAAGUGAUUGUAACAUACCAGUUUGUUUUGGAUUGAAGGCAAGUUCAAAAUCUGUAUGUGGUGGCAAAGGUAACUCCAAAUGUAUUGCUCCAGAUACAUGCAUUAAAAUCAAUGAAGCAACAAUCAUGAAGCGAUUUCAAUCCAAUGCUAAAGAGGACAGUUCAUGUUCCAAUCGUGGUCAAAUGAGUAAUGGUCAAUGCAUAUGUAGUGAGGGAUUCUAUGGAGAAUCUUGCGAAUAUUCUAAUUGUUAUGAUACAGCUAGCCAGCUCACUUGUAGUGGAAGAGGAGAAUGCUCCUCUGAUAAUAUUUGCACUUGUAGAGAGAAUGAUAUGUUUGGCGAUAGAUGUCAAUACACACUCCCAGAUAAGAUUUAUCAAAAUGAUGUUUGUGGGUCAUGUAUCAUUGUGGCUGGUGUCAGUGGAGAUGCUAUUCCAUCGAAGUAUUCACUCUUGAACAAUCCUACUGGACUAUUUGUGGAUGAAACAACUGGUUUCAUCUUUUUCGCAGAUCAAGGCAAUGCAAAGGCAAGAGUUCUCACAAGGGAUGAUACUAUCUAUUCGAUUGCCUCUGUUUCCACACCAACUAGUAUAGCAUUCGAUAAGAAAACAAGAGAUGUCUAUAUUGGUACUAGAAAUGGACUAUUCAAAUUGAACAGCAAGAGAGAACUCUCUAAAUUGAACAGCUUGUAUUGUAGCAGUGUCAUUGUUAAUGGUCAGGGACAUGUUGUGUUUACACAGGGACCAUAUAACAAGAUUUCAAAACUUGUAAAUGGUGUGCAAGUUGAGGUGGCAGGGGAUAAUGACGGCGAAGGAAAAUAUGAUGGUGACAACAAAGUGGCAACGGAUGCAAAGAAAAAUUAUCCUAGAAUUGCCCUUUUCAAGACCAAUAGCAGCAAGAUUAUCUACUUGGCUGGUCAAUACGAACAAGGUUACGAUCCAAUCGUUAUUUCUGACAAUGUGUUAGCAACCACAACAAGUGUGAAUCAUCCUCGAUCACUCUAUGUAAAGAAUGGAGAGCUCUAUUUUGCAGAUACCUACAACUCUCUCGUGAGAAAAAUCACCCUCUCAACAGGAGUUCUCUCAACCAUUGCUGGUAAUGGAGGUGAGCGUUUUUAUGGGGAUGGUGGAUUGGGAACGAGUGCUUCUUUGAACUAUCCAUAUGGAAUUCACUUACAUACUGAUGGUUCUAUCUACAUUGCCGAUACUUACAAUAGUAAGAUUAGAAAGUUAGACUCUUCCAAAAAGAUUAGCUCAGUUGCUGGAAAUGGAUAUUUGGGAUAUUCGGACAAUACUCAACCAUUGAGAGCUUCAUUCAAUUUGGCAGUAAGCGUUCUCAUUAACAACGUAGGGGACAUGUACAUUUCAGAUUAUGCAAACAAUGUAAUUAGAAAGAUGAGCUCCUCUGGUGCCAUUACAACUAUUGCUGGACAAGCAAAGAUUUCUGGUUUUGCUGAUAGUUUAAAUGCAAAGACUGCUCUAUUGAAUGGUCCAUUUGGAUUAUAUUAUCAGGAAUCCACACAAACUCUCUUUUUUGCUGACAGUCUCAAUGGUAGAAUAAGAAAGCUAACAAAGAAUGGAGCAAUUGAAACAGUUCUUGCUUCAAUUAACGAUCCAAGAGAAAUCUCAUUCCACACAACCCAUGGUCACAUGUACUUUACUUCUGGAGGUGACCAAACCAUUAAGGUUCUAUUCUCCAAUGGUACUCUUUCUGUGCUCAACAUUCCAAAAGAUUACUACAUUGGUCUCCAUGUUGAUUCCACUAAUGAUUAUCUCUAUGCAAGUGGUUAUACAUACAUUUAUAGAUUUUCCAUUGCAGGAGGUAGUAGCAUUGAUCACAAUCAAACCGAUCCAAUCAUCGAUAACAUUUCUAAGAAUUGUACUAAGGGAUGUGAAAAGGGUGAAUGUGUGAAUGGAACUUGCGUCUGUAAGGAAAAUUAUGGAGGUGAAAUUUGUGAUAGGCCAAUGUGUUUUGGAAAAUUGAGCAAUGAGAGUGGUGUGUGUAAUACUCACGGAGUUUGUCUGCAACCAAACGUUUGCUACUGUUACGGAAAUUGGGAGGCCGAAGAAUGCACCCAAUGUAAGAGUGGAUUUACUGGUUCUAAUUGCAGAACCUGUGCCGAUGGUUUUGUUGGAGAAUUGUGUAAUAUCCCUAUUUGUUUCAACGUAUUUGCUAAUGAAUCAAACGUUUGUUCUGGACAUGGUUCUUGCAAAUCUCCAAACAAUUGUUCAUGCUUUGGAAAUUGGGAGGGAGAAAGUUGUCAAUCUUGUAAGGAGGGAUACACUGGCUCAGAAUGUGACACUCCAGUUUCUGGAUACAGUGGUUCAAAUUGUGAUAUUCCUGUUUGUUUUGGAUCAAGCGUUGAAGGAGAUGGUUCUUUGGUUUGCUCAGGGCACGGUAACUGUUCAGGACCAGAUAUGUGCACUUGUAACGAAAACUGGUCUGGAAAUGAUUGUUCCACUUGUAGAGAAGGUUAUUAUGGAGAAGACUGCUCCUCAUGUACACCUGGAUUCAGUGGUGAGAGAUGUGACAUUCCUUCAUGCUUUGGUAUUUCAGCAAAUGCUAGUAAUGUAUGUUCUGGAAAUGGUUAUUGUUUCAGUCCAGAUUUGUGCUCCUGCUUUGAGAAUUGGAAGGGUGAAAGUUGUAAUCAAUGCAGUAGCGAUUACAUUGGUGAAUUGUGUGAUAUUCCGUCCUGUUUUGGAGUGAAUGGUAAUGAUAGAUCAGUUUGUUCUGGUCAUGGCUCUUGUAUUACCCCAUCCAAUUGUUCUUGUUUCAAUAACUGGGAAGGAGCAAUGUGUGAAAAUUGUCCAACAGGUUUCUCUGGAGAUGACUGCAAAUCCUGUGACGAAAGUCACACUGGAGAGGGAUGUGAUGUUCCAAUCUGUUACGGCCUUGCAGCUAAUAAUGAAAGUGUUUGCUCUGGAAAUGGCAAGUGCAUUGAGUCCUCUGUAUGUGUUUGUUCUGGUUUUUGGACUGGAGCUAAUUGUGAUACUUGUCCAGAAAAGUAUUCAGGAUCGGCUUGUGAUGUGCCAGUUUGUUAUGGAGUAAGCGCUAACGAUUCUAUGGUUUGCUCUGGACAUGGUUCUUGUGUUGCACCUUCUCAAUGUUUUUGUGAAGGAAGAUGGGCUGGAGAAUUGUGUGAUUCCUGCGUGGCUGGAUAUAAUGGUUCAAAUUGUGAAAAUCCAAUCUGCUUUGGAGAAUUCAACACCUCUAUUGUUUGUUCUGGUCAUGGUUUGUGCUCAGCACUAGAUGUUUGUGUGUGUAGCGAGCAAUGGGCUGGAGAAACUUGUGGCAAAUGUAAUUCUGGAUAUUACGGAAUAACUUGUGAGCUUUCUUGUGAUCCACAAAUAGUGAAACCAUCUCUCACAAUCAAGCAAGGUUCAAUAAUUUCCUAUGUGAUUGGAACUUCUAUUGCUUUGGAACCAGAAUUGACAAUUCCAUUGUGCUAUGCCGGUCAUUUCAGCUCCAUUAGCUAUGGAUAUGCUUCUGAUUUCUUUAACCAAUCUCAACUGGUUCAGGUUGAUAAAUUCCUUGUCAUUGGCGAAUCAACCAAGAGCUCUGGAACUUUAAUUUCUAACGAAGGUGAAUAUUCAUUCAAGGUUAUUGCUACACUUGGCAGGUUGGAAAUUUCCACUUCCUUUGAAUUUAUUGUCAAGUCCAAUUUGGCUUCGCUCACUCUUGAUUUCAACAUUCCAAAUAUGCUCACUCAAUCCUUUGAAAAACCUUUGGAAUUUGAAGUUAAAGCCUCUGAUCCAAGCUUCCCUAGUGAUUUAACUGAGGGUGAUUUAUCACUCAAUUGUUGGAAUCAAGAUAAUCAAUUGGUAGAAAAGUUGGUUGACACUGUUUUCAAUCAUACUAUUACAGUCUCAAAACAACUCAAUCCAGGGCAAUAUGUUUGUGAAGCAACAUUCAAGAAGGAUUCCAGAGUUAUUACCAAGUCAAUUCAGGUUGUCCUUGUUGAUGUCUCUUCAUCAAAUGUACUCACUGUUACUCUUAAAUUGGAAGGUCAAAAUCCAACUUGGGUAAAUCCAACAAAAGAUUUGACCAUAUCAGCUGAUAUCAAAGAAUCUAUUGGUCCAAAUGUUGUGUAUGAUUGGAAAUCUCCAUUCCAACCAAUGGAUACAACUGUCUCGAAUCAAUUAGUUAUUCCAUCCAGUCAAUUAGCUCUUGGAAAGAGGUAUAACAUUUCUCUGAUUGUUACAGAUGGAAGUAAGAAGGGAUUUGGAUUUAUUUCCUUCAAGACCUAUAGUCCUCCUUCAAUGGGAUCAUUCUCUGUUUCUCCUCUCUUUGGUUACUCUCUCACAACCAAUUUCAUGCUAUCUGGUGGUGUUGAUUGGAUUUCUUUCAAUCAAGAUGUCUUGACAUUUACAUUCAUUUAUAGAAGUGUAGGUUCUUUGGCAUGGAAAUCAUUGGCUGAAAGUUCUGUUCAAACAUCUCUCAAUACUACUCUCCCUUCAGGAACAUGGGAAACUUCAGUUUCAGUUUCCGAUUCAUUCUUAUCAUACACAAUCUAUGAUAAACCAGUCAUAGUCCAGGUGAAUACUACAGAUUUAACUGUUGCUCAAUUGAAUUAUGUUGCCUCUAAUCCAAUUACUCCAUCAGUCAUUUCUUCAUUGAUUAGUUAUGUGAGCAGUGGUUCUUCUUCCAAUAUCAAGACAUCUUUGACAAAGGAGACUCUUGACACUACAUUGACAGUUUCUUCAUUGAAAUCUGCCAUUUCAGUUAUUGAUUCGGUGAGCUCAGUUGUUAAUGUCUUUAGGGAUAGUGAAAGUACUGUUGUUUUGGAAUACUUUUCGACAGUAUUACACAAGACAAUAUCCAAUGGAAUUCAAAUGUCUUCUGAUGAUAUUCAGCUAUGUUUGAACUCUGCUACAAAAUUUGAAGAAUUCUUCUUUGGAUCAAAGAGACGAACUUCUCGUGCAGUAUCUGAUUCACUUGAAAAGAUCACUCAGAUUUAUAAUAUUCUCACAGAAGUUCAGUUCAGAAAACUAAAGGAAGGCGAAGGCCCUUCAAGAAUUUCAAGUUUAUCAUACUACUCGUAUUGCAAAUUUAUGAAAUCUGAUUCGAUUGCUCCAUAUUCUGAUACCAUCACUCAAACUUCUCUUCAAUUCUCCUUGUUGCAAGCCCUUAAUACUUCAAGAGAUACUUUGGGCGUUCCAGAGAAUUCAAUGGUAUGCCUCAAGAUGUAUUAUGUUCAAUCUUGGAGAAGUGUCAUGCCAAGCUCUUAUACUGUUGAGUUAUCAUUCUUGGAUAUUAAGCGUGAUUAUGCCUCUGUUUCAAUUUCUAGUAGCCACAAUAUUGCAAAAUUGACCAUUCCAAGAAUGAAUACUGGAGUUGAUAAGAAACAAACAUGUUACCUUGUUGAUACAAUGAAAAAGGAAGAAUGCUCAAUUUCCUCUACUAGUCCUCUUCAAAUAGUUAUUCAAACCACCAAGACUGGAAAAUUCUUUGUUGGUUACUAUGAAGAUGCUGCAACGCCAAUUGUUAAUCCUUCCAAUGGUGACGUUUCCCUCAGUGCUUUUAUUGUCAUAUUUGCCAUCAUUCUUCCAAUAUUAGUUUGUGGUUGUAUUUGUGCAGCACUUGCUAUUGUUUGUGGUUGUGCCUGUAAGAAAUGGAAAGCUAGAGCAGCAUUGAACAGCCAUUCAAUUCUCCGAAGUACUCAAUCAUUACCACUUCCAAAUGAACGAUUGGAUGUAACAUUUGAUGAUAUCAAUGUCUAUAAUACUGGAAUUAAUAGUAGUCCUUUAUUGCCACUCUAUAUUCAACCAAGUGAACUUAAACUCUUGUCGAAACUGGGAAGUGGUGGAUAUGGAAGUGUUCAUAAGGCCUAUUGGAAAGAUCAACUUGUUGCUGUCAAGUCUACUCCAGUUCCAGAUAACUCCAAGCAAAUUGAAAUUCCAAGAGAAGCUGCACUCAUGUAUUCAUUGAAACAUCCAAAUAUUGUUGAAUGUUACGGUAUUUCUAUUAAGGGAAAGGAACAAUUAAUUGUUAUGGAAUAUGUUAAUGGAAAUUUGAAUCAAUUGAUUGGGGAUUUGUGUAGAAAAUCUAUCAAGAUGGAUUUGGAUGAAAAGAUUGAAAUUUUACUUCAAAUUGCCACUGGUAUGAAUUACUUGCAUCAAUUGAAUCCUUCCAUUGUUCACAGAGAUUUGACUCCUGCUAAUGUGUUAUUUGAUCCAAGAACAAAAGCUUGUAAGAUUUGUGAUUUUGGUCUCAGUAAGCCGCUCAACUUGGAAAAUACUGAAACCAAGAAUAGGAGUACCAUAUAUUUCGUUCCUAACGAGCUUAUUUGUUGUACAGAUCCAAAUUUAACCAAUAAUCCACGUGCCAUUGAUGUUUACAGUUUCUCCAUUCUUGCUUGGCAAGUAAUCUUUGAAGACCAUCCUUAUCUGUAUAUCAAUAAGGAAAAACUCUUCUCCAACUCUAAAUUCAAACACACUCCAUAUGUUGAUGUGACCAAUGACAACUUAUUGGCAAGAGUUGCUACUGGAUUGAGACCUGUCAUUCCAUUCAAUGCUGAUACAGUUUCUAAAUGGACUCAAAAAUUCAUCAAAUCCAAGUAUGAUAAUGAUUUGAUAGCACUCUCAAUGAUUGCCAUAGCUCAACUCGUUCAAAAUUGUUGGAACUUGAAUCCUCAUUUGAGACCCAACUUCCAAGAUGUUAGUGAUACAUUACAAACAUGCAAAAAUACUCUCUCCAGUAACCAUCCUCUCUUAGUUUAA